CGACGACAACGCCUUCGCUUGACGUUGACGGAGCAGUCGCCGCCAACGACAAAACGGGAAUGGGCCCAAGCUUUUUGUUUGCGCUGGCAUCGCGUGAAACAGUUGCAAGCCUUUGAACGAUCAGCGACGACGCUAAAAACUUUUGCGCGGAUAUAUUUUGUUUCUCAGUGCAGACGCCUCCUUCUCGCCAACGUCGCCGCCGACGCCUGUGCAAACAUCAACAACAAUAACAACAACAACAAUAACAACAACAAUAACAACAACAAAAACAACAACAACAACAACAACAACAGCAAAUAACAACUACAAACACAUACAGUUUUACAGUGCGUCAUAGUAAAUGUGAAUAACACUUCUGUUUUUUCUGUUGUAAGUUGGCCCACGCGGUUUAUUGUUUUAAUUCAGUUGAAACUAUAUUCUAAUCGCUUCCAUUUUCUUUGAUCCGAAAGCUGUGAAUCGACAAACAAAAGAAGUUGGCGCUUGCGCCUUAAUCAAUUUGGCAAAUCGAAUAGCGAGUUGAAGUUACAGAGCCCGUGACAGUGAAAGUAGCAGCAGUAUUUUCAGCAUAAAAAUCAUCAAAAUUCAUUUAUCAGUAAUAUCCGCAUCAGUUGCAACAAUAGUAAAAUCUGCUUCUCAAGUAACAGUGAAAAGUGCAUUUUUAAGCAGUUUGAAUCCUUAUACAAGAUCUUUUUUGUUGCAUAUUUUUUAUUGUUUGCGACUAGCAAGCGUGUUUCUGUGUUUUUAAUAAAAGUGUCUUUAGACAGCAGCUACAGCUACAGCUACAGCAACAGCAACAGCAACAGCUACAGCAACAGCCACAGCCUUAACGACACUUUUAACAGGAAGGCUUAGUAGCUACUAAGAAGCAACUUUGUUUAUGUGCUUUGUUUGGAAUAAUCUAGUUUCCAGCCUUCAAAAACAAAAAGAGCAAACACAAUUGCUGUACGCCUCAAAAUUACAACGCCAACAAAAAUAACGGAAGCAACUGCAGCAGCAGAAGCUAAAAUGCUAACGGACAUGACACCGACCGCCGGUCAAUUGUAUGGCUCGCAGAUUCCAGCUAUGGCAGGCAUGAAUAUUACUAACAUAGCGACACAUUUGCAGAAGCCGCAAGUAAAUCCGGAUCAUCCCAGCUUAAGAGGUACUCCGCUAGCCAUGCUGGCCGCCCAGUGCAAUAAGCUGUCGAACAAAUCACCACCGCCGCUAGCUGAUGCCGCCGUUGGUAAGGGGUUCCAUCCCUGGAAGAAGAGCCCACAUUCCCCUGCAGCAGGCAGCACUGGCGCACCCGGUGGCGGCGCAUCAAGCCUUAGCGGCAGCAGCAGUGUCGGACAGCACUCCCCAUGCGCAAUCUCAGCAGCAAGCUCGUCUAGCUCCACUGGCAGUGGAAGUGGAGGCGGAGGUGGCGGAGGCCAAACAUCACGCAGCCUCUCGUCCAGUGCUAACAGCAGCACCAUGGUGAACAUUACUGCUAGCAUAUAUCCUUACAGUCGUCCGCUCGCCUCGUCUUGCGCGGCCGUGGGCACCUCGGCCUCCGCAUACGGCAGUGAUUUGUACUUUCCGAACACAUCCACAUCGUCAGGCAGCAUGGUGGCGGACAAUCAUCACAUGCAUCAGGGGCUUUUGGGCAAAGUUGAGGGAGCCGCCUUCGGUUCAGUCUACUCGCGCCACCCGUAUGAUUGGCCGUUCAAUGCAGUGACCGCAUCCGCGCACAAGGCCGCUGAGGCAGCUAGUGUCAACUCGGGUUGGUGGGAUAUGCACAGCGCUGCCGCCGCCGGUAGCUGGCUGGAUAUGGGAAGCGCUGCGGCCGCUGGCAUGCACUCGACAAUGGCAAACUAUGCAAGCGCUGCGGCUGCGGGUACAGAUUACAGUUCUGCAUUGUCGCAUUCACUUUCGAAUACGGCACAUUUAUUGGGAUCCGGACAGCACUUACUGCAGGAUACAUAUAAAAGUAUGCUGCCAGGCCAGGGCGUAGGUGGCUUUUCGCUACCACACAGCUCACCUUCAGCGGCAGCCACUGCGGCUUCGCCACAAGCUUCAACCCCAUCAACACCUUCGCCGCGUUCACAGCGCCGAUAUGCGGGACGUGCAACUUGCGAUUGCCCAAACUGUCAAGAGGCGGAGCGCCUAGGACCAGCUGGCGUGCAUCUACGUAAGAAGAACAUCCACUCCUGCCAUAUACCUGGUUGCGGCAAAGUUUACGGCAAAACGUCUCAUCUGAAGGCACAUUUGCGAUGGCACACCGGCGAGCGUCCCUUUGUGUGCAACUGGCUGUUCUGCGGCAAGCGUUUCACACGCUCCGACGAGCUGCAGCGGCAUUUGAGGACGCAUACUGGCGAGAAGCGCUUUGCUUGCCCAGUGUGCAACAAGCGUUUUAUGCGCAGCGACCAUCUGGCAAAGCACGUAAAGACGCAUAACGGCACAGUCCCCAAUGGCAUUAAAAAGGGCUCCUCGGAGUCGUGCAGCGACUCUGAGGAGGCAGCCAAUCAGUCGGGUGAGUCGAACGGGUUGGGCGGCGCGUCCAGUGGCCAACAGACGGGCGCAGGUGGUGGCGGCGGGGGUGGCUCCGCCAGCUCCAGCUCCGGCACCGGCAGCGCUGGCUCCGGUGCAGGCAACAGAGCUGGUAGCCAUCCCGGCACCCCAACCUCGCUGCAUGCGCAUAGCGCCUCCAGCACGUCCAGCAGUCUGCUGGGCGGCGGUCUGCACCUGGCCACGCCGCACCAGAUGGUCGCCGCGGGCGGCUCGCCGGUGAUGCUGCAUCAACAUCAGCAGCAACAGCACCAGCAGCACUCGCAUCAGUCAGCGCAUCAGCAACAGCAGCAGCAACAACAGUUCUCGCAGCAGCAAUCGCAUCCACAUGCGCACCUACAUCAUCAUCAUCAUCUGGUAGGUGCAUCAGCACCUAGUCCUGGUCUGGAUCAUCGACUGGAUCAUAGCGCUUUAGUCGACAUUAAGCCACCGAUGGUUUGAGGGUCGCUGGGACCCUUUUUGUUUACCAAUUGAGCAGAAAUGGGUUCCUGGACGCAGUUUAAAAUGAAGCUGCCUUGCGGGCAGCAUUGGGCAGAAUCAUAGUUAGUAGGAGUGGCUGCACACAAACGAUACAUUAAUAACAUUUAACAAAGUAUUCCGUGAAAUUCGGAUUUUUUUUUUUUUUUUUUUUUUUUUGUAAUGCAUAACGUCGUAUGCGUUAUGUUUUUAGAAAUUCGAUUAUAGCUAAGCAAUUUUUUUUUACAUGUUUGAAGAAAUAUGUGUACAUAAAAGUACUAAGAAAUGCUAAAUACAAUUUUUCGCUUUCUUAAUAAACAACAAUUACUUAAUAGUAAUCAAUUGCAAGCUUAUUAAACUAUCAAAA